UCGAACACCACCACUACUAAGAUGGCCGUUGCUCUUCGCGUGUUCUUCCUCCUUUGCAGUCUGAUGACCGGUGGCUUGUGUGCCGCACCUCCAAUUGAAGCUCCGGCGUGUCCUACAGGCUGGACUCGGCUCGAUUGUCGCUGCUUCAUCUUCCAAGCAGGUCCCGCGACAUUUGCAGAAGCAGAGGCAGCGUGCCAAGCGAUAGAUGGCAACUUGGCUUCCCUCCGAAAUAGUCUGGAAAAUGCUCUGGCUUAUCAGCUGGUGAAGGAUGCUAACAGCGGUGCUAUCCCUGACACCUGGAUCGGACUCUUUGACUCUGUUGAUGAAGGAAACUUCUUUUGGGUCGAUGGCUCCAAGUCUAGCUUCAGGAACUUCAGAAGCGGUCAGCCAGACGACUUCGAAGGCGCAGAAGACUGCGUAGAGAUUCACCGCGUCGAGGAAAGAUGGAACGACGAUGGAUGCGGUGAUUCCCGCGCUUAUCUCUGCUCGUUGGAUCUUUAUUAGUAGAAGAAUCAGCCACUGAUGCAUGCUCUGGAAACCUUUCUACCAACUGGAUGACUGUCAGCUCUCUGUCAAGAUCGCUUCUCUGUGUUUACUCUAAAGUCUUCUUCUUCAUAACGGUUUGGUUCUUACUGACGUGCGGCCUUAAAGGGGUCUCACUCUAAAUAAAGACAUCUACCUAUG